CUAGGGGGUAGUGCCAUGGCUGGCCACUGUCCCCGGAACCCUAGCCCGGCCUCCACUGUCACCCCGGCGCGCCCCGUCAGGACGGACGGGCGCCGCGCACCCGACUCGUCAGCGGCCUGCACCGGGUCGUCGGCGAGCCGCACCGGACACCAGGUGGCCCCGGCGACACCGGCAGCACCUGCGGUGUCCGCUGACACACCGGCACGCCCCGUCAGGACGGACGGGCGCGGCGCACCCGACUCAUCAGCGGCCUGCACCGGGUCGUCGGCGAGCCGCACCGGACACCAGGUGGCCCCGGCGACACCGGCAGCAUCUGCGGUGUCCGCUGACACACCGGCACGCCCCGUCAGGCCGGACGGGCGCGGCGCACCCGACUCGUCAGCGGCCUGCACCGGGUCGUCGGCGAGCCGCACCGGACACCAGGUGGCCCCGGCGACACCGGCAGCACCUGCGGUGUCCGCUGACACACCGGCACGCCCCGUCAGGACGGACAGGCGCGGCGCACCCGACUCGUCAGCGGCCCGCACCGGGUCGUCGGCGAGCAGCACCGGACACCAGGUGGCCCCGGCGACACCGGCAGCACCUGCGGACCGCCUGACGGCAGCGGCAGCGCCCCGGGAGCAGUGUGGUUCGCUGCAAGAUGGCGGAAGGGGAGCUCGGAGGAGGGGAGGCCAGUCUCCAGGCGCGGAUGCCGUCGAGGCCCGCAGUGUUGGUCGCGGCCGGCGCCAGAAGACACGCGAGAUGACGCUCGCCACGCUAGCGCUCCUAGCGGCCGGACUGGCAGCUGCGGCGGCGCAGUUCCAGUACUACACCGUGCCGGAGCCCACCCUGGAGGCCCUCAAGCCCAAGGGACUGCGCGUCUCCAUUCCCGACGAGCCCGGCGUGCAGCUGUUCGCCUUCCACGGCAACGUGAACAAGCCCAUGGAGGGGCUGGAGGGCGGCCACCUCUCCAGGGACAUCCUCAAGCCGAAGAACGGCCGCUGGGUGUUCGAGGACCCUCGCGUGCGCCUCAAGCUCAACGACACCAUCUACUUCUGGCUGUACGUGCAGGUGGACGGCCUGGGCUACCGCCGCGACGACCAGAAGUGGACCGUCACCGGUUUCGUGGACCCUGACACACCGCCCGCCCCCGGGCCGGCGCCCACCCCCGCCCCCAAGCCCACUCCCGCCCCCCAACAGUGCGGCGCCACCGCCACCCGCGUCAAAGGCCAGCCCAGCUGCCAGGGAAAACUCAUCUUCGAGGACAACUUCGACGGCCUGGACCUCGCCAAGUGGGCGUACGACGUCCGCAUCGCCGGCAGCCCGGAGUACGAGUUCGUGGCCUACAAGCGCGAUGCCGAGAACAGCUACACGAAGAACGGCAUCCUGGUCAUCCGACCCUCAUUGAUGGCGGACACCCUCGACAUCACCAAGGGCUCGCUGCAGCUGGACGGGUGCUCGGGGCUGCCGGGCAGCGCUGAGUGCACCAAGAAGGCAGUGGGCUGGGACAUCCUGCCACCAGUCGUGUCGGCGCGCCUGCGCACGAAGGACUCCUUCAGCUUCCUGUACGGUCGAGUGGAGGUGCGGGCCAAGCUGCCCUCCGGCGACUGGAUCUACCCAGAGGUGUGGCUGGAGCCCAAGGAGGUCUCCUACGGGCGGGAGUACGCCUCGGGCCAGGUGCGGCUGGCCUUGUCGCGAGGCAACAGGGACCUCGUGCUGCCCGGGGGAACCAGCGGGCUGGGCAGCCGCCGCCUGGAGGCGGGCUGCGUCAUGGGCCUCGGUGGCAAGGUGCGGAAGGAGCUGGGCUGGUGGGACAAGCAGUCGUCUGGAUGGUGCGAUGACUUCCAUGUGUACUCGUUGGAGUGGACACCAGACCACAUGCUGUUCAGCGUGGACGGCCAGCAGGUCCACCGCAUCACUCCCCCAGAGGGCGGGUUCGGCGCGCUGCCCGACUUCUCUGCCGCCUCCGACAAGCCGUGGAGUCGCGGCUCCAACAUGGCGCCCUUCGACAAGGAGUUCUACCUGACCCUGGGAUUGGGUGUCGGUGGCAUCAGCGAGUUCCCCGACAAGUGCCUGACGAGUCUGCCUGGCAGCGGCUACCACCCGAAGCCCUGGAAGAACACCGGCUUCAACGCGAUGCUGACCUUCUGGCGGGACCGCAGCAACUGGCACCCCACCUGGGACUCCUCCGGCGAGUCCUCGGCGCUGCAGGUGGACUACGUGAAGGUGUGGGCGCUGUGAGGCCCGCGCCGAGCACCGAGCACCGAGCACCGAGCACCGAGCACCGAGCACUCGGAGGCUCGCGCACGAAGAAUGACAUGUGUGAAGUAGCGUGCUUCAACUUUACCAAUCCAUCUUCCAACAGACACCUCUUAUUCAAGGGUUUCGGUGAUUCACCUUUUCUCAGCUGCGUAUCUCAAUCGAAAUUCACUAAGUGCAACAAAAUUAUAUCUAUCCAGUUUGGACAUAGCUCUAACAUAAAACCCCGUAAGGCCUUCAACCAAGGAGAGGUCUCGAAAUUACUUAAUUGUUACUAGUCACCUGUUAUUAGUCAAACCUGCACAAAAUCCAACAGAAACAUUGGCUACCUGACACCCAUUCCAGAUUACAAAGUAUUGGCACUGAAGUAUCUUACUGAGAGAAAAUAAUGAACUAUGGUCUUAAAAUGUUCAGACUAGCCUUAAUGUGCUAUACAGGCCUUCAGAACUUGUUGACUCAUCAAAAAGAUGUUGAUUCAAAAGUACCUAUGGAAGUCUUGUUGAAUUAAAAAAAACUAUAUUGUUUCGGCAAUAAAACAUUUUCAAUGGGAACUAAAUGUUGUUUUUGAUCCUUUUUUAAUUUUUAUUUUAUAGGUUAUAAGGAAUCUAUAUUCUUAAGGGUUUAAGUCAUUGCCUAUGCUUGAUAAAUGUUUCUUGCGUGCCAAAAUUGCUUCUAGACUAUAAUUAUAAUAGUCAAUGUAACAUGAUGGGUUUCACUAACCCCUCCUGGGGUCGCUGGGUCGUGACUGCUGAGGGCUGAGGCGUCUCGCUCGUGCUUCGAGGGUCGUGGGUUCGAUCCCCGCUCCAGGUGCGACUCAGUCACGAGAGGAGUCGGUGACUGUGGUUCGCAACAAGUGUGUGUCAGAAGCGGUGCGUUACCGUGCUAUAUAGAGCCCUGGCUCUUCACAAGUGUACAAUUUUUGCACACUAAUAAAUGUUGAUUUAAAGGUA